AGUGCAAAAAAAUAAAAAUUAUAAAUAAAAGUGUUACCAAGAAAAACUUUAAAAAUAAUAUUAAAAAAGAGAAAACCGUACCCAUAACGGUGCAGACAACAGAAAAUUCCCAGUGAAAAUUCAGAAAAGCGUUGACCAUUUUUUCUCGCAAAGGCGCCACGUCCAAGAGCAAAUCGUUCCAUAUGGUUCAUAUUAUUGAAUUGGUCGGCCAGCCGAAGGUUGAGUUUGCUCAACAAGUUACUGUAAGUUGCCAUCAUCCAUUAAUACCACCAGCCAUCAAAUUAAUGAACCGUGCUUUACAGCUGAAGCCAGCUGAAAAUGAAAGUCGCAGCGAGCAUCUAGAUCGCAAACUCUUCGUUGGCAUGCUCAGCAAACAACAGACCGAAGACGAUGUUAGACAAAUCUUCCACCCGUUUGGCUCUAUAGAGGAGUGCACCAUAUUGCGGGGCCCGGACGGUACGAGCAAAGGCUGCGCUUUUGUCAAAUUCGGCACGCAACAGGAGGCUCAGUCAGCAAUAGCCAAUCUACACGGAAGUCAAACUAUGCCGGGUGCAUCCUCCAGCCUGGUCGUCAAAUACGCCGACACAGAGAAGGAACGACAAAUCAGGCGCAUGCAACAAAUGGCCGGCCAUAUGAACCUGCUGAAUCCGUUUGUCUUUAAUCAGUUCAGUCCGUACGGCGCCUACGCUCAGCAACAACAGCAAGCAGCUCUGAUGGCAGCCGCUGCCACGGCGCCUGGAUCGGCAGCCGCCUACAUGAACCCCAUGGCCGCCCUGGCGACGCAAAUACCUCAUGGCCUCAACGGCACCGGACAGCCGCCUUCUUUGCCCUCUCCAACAAUGCCCAACUUCAGCAUGGGCGCCAACACGCCCAACGGCCAGCCCGGCGGAGCUGCCGCGGCCGCAGCAGCUGCUGCAGCGGACGGGGUAUUCACGAACGGCAUUCCGCAAACUGCAUUCCCAGGCCAUCCGCUGCAUUUGACUAUACCACCACAAGGUCUGCCAAACGGCGAUGCUGCUACUCUGCAACAUGCCUUCCCUGGUCUGCCACCAUUUCCAGGAGUUGCCUUCCCCGCCGUCUAUGGACAGUUUCCACAAGCUUUACCACCUCCCCUAGCGGCGGUUGCACCCACUCAGCGUGAAGAUUUUCUGAUGUUCCCAGGAUGCUCGAUAUCCGGCCCAGAGGGUUGCAAUCUCUUCAUCUACCAUUUGCCCCAAGAGUUUGGCGAUGCGGAAUUAAUGCAAAUGUUCCUACCCUUUGGCAAUGUGAUCAGCUCUAAGGUCUUCAUCGAUCGUGCUACAAACCAGAGCAAAUGCUUCGGUUUUGUGUCCUUCGAUAACCCCGCAAGCGCUCAAGCGGCCAUUCAGGCCAUGAAUGGCUUCCAGAUUGGCAUGAAAAGACUGAAAGUUCAAUUGAAGCGGCCAAAGGAUGCCAGUCGACCCUAUUAACAAUCGGAGUUCCUUAAGUGUAAUUCACAACAACUACAUCUACUACCUGGAUCAUCAACAACAGGAGUAGUCGGAGGAGCAGCCAUUCCACAAACUAGAACUCAAUUUGCAACUGCAGCAGCAGCAACAACAUCCACAGCAACAGCAUCAGCCACAGCAACAACCACAGUACACCGCUAUAGUCGCAGAAGCAGCUUUAGGCCACCAUUUCCCACUGAAAACUCUCCUAAUAUGCAGUAUCAGUUCGCCAGCUGGCGAAAUGGUACCUACUGCUACCGCUAUAGCACCCCCAGCAACAUCUCCCCCAGCAACAUCAGCAAUUCCAGAAACUGCAGCAAGGACAACAGCAACAGCACCACCAACAACAAUAGCAGCAACUGCAGCAGCAGAAUGGACGAUUCCCAUCCACAGCCAACUCAACCGGACACGGCAUCCAAUAGCAACCAGAAGAACCUAUCCAAAGUGGAACUAGUCGAAAAACUGUUCAUGUGGCAGCAACAAAAACGAAAGACCUAAAACCAGUAGGACCCACACCACCACCACAUCAGCAACCAUGACAACGGCGACAACAAUAAGGAGCAACUACUGAAAGGAUGGUCUUCACCAUGCUAAGUGAAAAUGAUUAUAAAAA